GUAUUAGUAAUACUAUUGUCUACUUUGAUUGUAGUUUAGUAUGUGUUGAGAUUAUUAGUUCAGUGCAAGGAAGUUCAUCAUUACACAAACUAGCAACUUCAGUAGGAGAAAAAUAUACAGAAGUUCCAAAGCAUAGCAAUGAGUGA